AUGGCCUAUGACCGCUACGUCGCCAUCUGCCAGCCGCUGCACUAUCGGAGAGUGAUGACCAGGAGAUGCUGUGUCCACAUGGUGGCCAGUGCCUGGAUGACUGGUAUUCUCAAUUCUGCCCUGCAUACUGGCAGCACACUGGCGGUCUCCUUCUGCAAAGGCAACAGAGUGGAUCAGUUCUUCUGUGAAGUUCCCCAUCUCCUAAAGCUAGCCUGCCCUGGUUCCUACUCCAAUGAAAAUGGGCUGCUUCUAGUUAGUGUCUGCUUAGUCUUAAGCUGCUUUGUGUUAAUAAUUGUGUCGUACAUUCAGAUCUUCAGAGCGGUGCUGAGAAUCCCCUCGGAGCAGGGCCGGCACAAAGCCUUCUCCACCUGCUUCCCACACCUCGCCGUGGUCUCCUUGUUUAUUUCCACUGGCACCUUUGCCUACCUGAAACCCACUUCUAGCUCAGCCCCUGGGCUGGAUCUGGUGGUGGCUGUUUUCUACUCCAUCCUUCCCCCAGUGAUGAAUCCGGUCAUCUACAGCAUGAGGAGCAAGGAGAUCGAAGCGGCCCUGAGGAAACUGGUGGGGUGGAGGCUGGCCCCUAAGAGUCAAAAUCCCAUCACUUCCUGA